UUUUGGACAAAUUGGGGGAAAAUAAAAUGAGAGAAAAUUUAGGGAGACUUUAGGGAUAUAUUGGGUUAACGACAUUUGCGGACAUUUAUGCGUAUAACCGACCUUUGCCGUGCUAAAAGAAAAUGUAGGCUUAAGGUAGAACCGGAAGUAUUUGGAGAAAAGGACCCUUGCCCUAAUACAGGAAAAUAUUUACAAAUUGGCUAUAAAUGCACACCAGUCUCUUUCGAGGACCAAAACUUUUGUGAAGGCCAACAAACGAGAUUAGGCUGUGCGCGAGGCCAACGUCUCUCUAUUUACUCGGCACACUAUGGACGUUCAUCGAACGGACAACAAACUUAUUGUGGGGGGAAAGGACAACAAAAACAAGAAGGAAAUGUUAGGAACAAUAAAAAUGUUCGGCAACUAUCCUCAAACGAUUGUCUACUCGAUGUACUUCCUCAAAUAGCCAGUCAUUGCCAUGCUCAGCCUUGGUGUUCAUUUCAAGUAAAUGAUUACUUCUUAGGCAUUCCAUGUCAACAACAACAACAGAAUAAUCUAAAAUAUUUGAGUGUUAUUUUUGCUUGUGUUGACGAAGAAGUAUUUAGUGAAGGGGCAUUAAGUGGAAGACUUGAAGCUAUGGGGCAAUUGAAAAAGGAAUUAGACUCCUUCCAACGUCAAAACAACAAUUCUAAUAAUUUAAUCCCUCAAAAAUCAACCAAUCCUCGAAUUGAAAGACAUCCUCUGUUAGCUGAGGAUGAAGAGGAAGAAGAUGAAAAUGAAGAUUUCGACCAUGAAGAAGACGAGGAAGAUGAAUAUGGUGAUAAAAAGAAGAAAAAGGAAGAAGGUGGAAAUAAUAUGAAUAAAUUAGAAGAGAAAAAUGAAGAGGUGAUACAAGUCAAAGAGAAGGAAACAAUUGAGAAUAUUAAAGAGAAAAUAAUUCCGGUAAUUCCGGAAAAAGAAAGCAGCAAUCAGGAAGAAAGUGAUAUAAUUAAUAUUAAUAAUAAUGUUGAUUGGAAACCUGCUUGGCCUUUAUUAAACGAUAGACGACAUGAAGCUUUACUAUUUCUCCUGCUUCUAUUGUCCUUCUUUUUGAGUAUUCUCAUUUUACUUUGCGCUUGUCUUAUGUGGCAAUGCCGAGCACGUGCUAAAGAACGCCGUGAUCGAAGACGGGCAGAAGAACGUGAAGCAGCCGCUAACUUAAGGCUAUGUCAUGGAUUUGGAUGUGGUAGUGGAGGUGUUGUCUAUCCAGAUUCAUCAGAAGGUGGAAGUAGCCACCGCCUCAUUUCUUCAUUUCAACCACCACCCCCUCCCCCAAUAUCCUUGCCAUCAGCAGCAACUCAUUCAUUUGGUGGUGGGCAUUAUUCAACAGAUAUUUAUCAUGGUUGUUAUGGACCAACAACAGCAAGUUCUGGGCCUGGAAGUAUUUAUGGAGGUGGAGGAGGAGGGAUGAUAAAUUGUCAACAACAUUGGAAUGGAUUUAUUGGUGGAAAUAAUUUAUUAGAUAAUGAAGGAGAAGAAAGUACAGAAUUAUUAAGAAAAUUUAAUAAUCAACAAUCUAUACAACACCAACAACAACCCUCUUCCUUACAUAGAUAUAGCUGA